GGAAAGCGUAAAAAAUAGCCAGGUCCGCUUCCUGGUGUUACACUUACCGCAUCAAAUGUGCUUAAUUUAAUUUGAAUAGGACAUAGUUCUGAACUUUGAAGUAGUUUACAUCUGCUGAUGUAUUCAUGAAGCAGUCUCUUGGUGUCCGUACACAAAGGUCCAACCAUGCUGACUCAGUUUGUGUACAGCACUCAGGAUUUUGUCAGAGAUGUGCUUCAGAAAAGAGAAAACCGCCCACCACCUUCCAAGCUUGACUCGCUCAUCAGAGACGGCUGGACAGACAGGAUGGACAGAGGACUCUUCCGCUACCAUCUAGGCGAUUUAGAAACGCGUAUCCUACCAGGGUCGAAUGGUUACGUCGCUCAGCUCAAUGUUCAACGUGGAAUCGAGAGGAGGAAACCUCAGGAGAUACUGAGCAUUCAGCAAGAGUUUAAUCCAAGCCAGUUUAACUUCAACAAAAUAAAUGCAGAAGAAAUUAUGUUUGAGAUAAUGAAGGACACAUGUGGAGGAAGAGAUGUACCUGAUGACCAGUUGCCUCAAACUUGCAGGAUGGUUGUGUUGAUCAAUGUUAGCCCUUUGGAGUUUGGACACUGUCUUCUUGUUCCAGAUCCGUCUCUCUGUUUACCACAGAUCCUGACAAGAGCUGCUGUCCAGGUCGGUAUCGAGUCUGUGCUCCUCAGCUCCAGCCCAGGUUUCCGUGUGGGGUUUAACAGCCUUGGAGCAUUUGCAUCUGUUAAUCACUUACACCUUCAUGGUUAUUACCUGGACCAUGAGCUGAAGAUUGAAUCCAGCCUGGUUAAGCCUUUGAUACCCGAGAAGAAUUUUUUUCGCAUCCAGGAUUUUCCGGUUGGAUUUUUGCUCUAUACAGAAUCCGAAGAAGCGGAGACGGCAGCAAGAACGAUCUGUGGAGUGACAGACUUUUUUGUGGGUGAAAACAUCGCUCACAACCUGUUCCUGACCAGAGGAUGCCCACCUAGUGGUCAAAUGCAGACUGCAAAGGAGCGCUGUCUAAGAAAAGGUGUGCGUAUAGCUAUUUGGCCCAGAACAUCCUGCUUCGGUGCCAAAGAGGAAUCUGCCUUUAAUGUUGCACUCUGUGAGUUAGCAGGGCAUCUCCCUUUUAAAAACAAAAAGGACUUUGAGUGUACAACUGAGAGAGAGGUCAUCAGUAUAGUUCAGAAGUAUCUUCUGCCUGAUGAUGAGUUACACAAACUGGAAGAAGAGCUUGUUAAACACUUACUGACUCACUAAAGCCUGGAAUACAUCUUGAAAGACUUAAAGAUUCAAUGCAGUGCGUUAAACUCCAAAACGUCAGCAUCAGCUAAUGAGUCGCUAAUGCUUUUGCUAUUGGGUUGCUGACUGAAGUCUGCUAAUAAAUGCACUUUUGUUUAAAUAUCAGAUUUAACCUAAGAGGGUACCUAGACCCCCUGAGAUCAGGGUUGGAAACUUGUUCUGUGGUUCUUACUCAGGUUUGGUGUCAAGAUAUUAAAAAUAGUGUCUCUAAUAGAAGAGGUUUCAACAAUUGAAGGUGUGUAAAAUAAAUCUGGAUUUGAUGUACCAUAAUCUAGUCUUCAUUUGAAAACUUAAGUGUUACAGAUUUUGAAACCGAACUGAAGGAGAUUAGUCAAGAUGCAAAAAUAAGCAAAACAAAUUGAAAAAAAACCAACAUAAAGCUGAACAAUACGAACUGAUGGAUUUUUUCCCCAAUUUUAAUGAACCCACAUUUUCAAACAUAUCACUAUAAUUCAAAAAAGAAAAUGCAUAAAAGGGUCCUUCACCCUCAAUAAGACUCACAGUAAAUAAAUAGACUGAAAGAAAAAUCAAGACAUUUAAGUCUGAAAAUUAAAGUAAAAAAUAUUUAGGAGCUCUGUAUCAUAAACAGUAAAUCAAUAAAUACCCUACCAAAAGUAAAGUUAUUAGAAAUAAUAAACCCAACAAAAGAAUUAAUUCUAAAAAAUAUGUUGGAAUUAGUUCUAACAUAUUUUUACAUUUUCAGGAUAUGGGUAUCUUCAACACCCAUAUCCUGAAAAUAAUKAACAUUUUGUUUAGUUUACUGACUGAUUUUAUCCCAUUAAGUAGUAGCUUAAGGAAGCUGGUUGUGUAUAAGGUCUUUAUCCUGACUUGGAAACCUCAUAGUUCUACUAAGAGUGUUUUAAUAAGCAUAAGGAUACUGUUACAUGUAGUUCCUUAACAUUUUCUCCAGGCAAAAGUCAUAUGAGACUUGAAGGAAUGACUCAGUUGAACAAAUAGAAACCCGGAUGUUUAAUUGGCCGUAAAAUGUAUAUCUUAUACAGGCAAAUAAAACACCAGUUGUCAUGCUGAAUGCUUGUGUUGAUGCUGAUCUGCAUUGUGGAAAAGCUGAAAGCUGCUAAUUUGUUAGGAAAUGGUUAAUGACUGACAGAAAUUAAAAAUUUCUUAACAUUUUUGCUGACCUGUUGGCAGAAUCACAUUACUGUUAAAUUAUUUAUUAAUGUGGCAUCUGAAAUUUGUGACUUGACAUGGGCUGGUAUGAUAGUUUCAUUGUAUGACUAUCUUGAGUAAAGAUACCAAAAGCUUCACAGUGUGUUGGUACUGACAAAAAAUAAAAACUCCUUCAGGAUUUUCUGAUAGCCAUCAGAUCAGCCCCACACUAUCAUCAUGAGGUUUGGUUGUCAGUACUUUUUUUUUUCUGAGAUGCUGUUAAGGGUUGGGGUUUUUUUUCCCCUAUUGCAACCUARCCCACACUUUCUAAAAGGUUACGCGUUUGUCUCAAUAGUCUUCAAAAUAUUUUCAUAAACUAUCAUCUAGAUGUUUUUUGGCAAUUUAAGAUGCUUUGCCUUUCUGUUCUUGAUUGUCUGCCGUAGAUUCUGGCUUCAAACUCCUAUGGAUACCAUUUAUGAACAGAAGAUUGUUGUUAACUCGUGAACACCUAUCAGUGCCACACAUCACCACAGGUAAACACAUUAUCCGCCAGAAUGACCUCACCUAGGCAGCAGCAUGACUUUGUAGGAUUAUUGAGCAUAUAGCUGCUCACUUUAAUGAAGGUCUUCAUCAGGGAGCUCUCAACAUGGUCUAUAUCUAUUCAAGCAGCAGCAUAUUUUUCACACUAUUUAAAUCUUUUUUUCUUUAAUAUGGAGAAAAAUAUAUGUCAGCCUUGAACUUCUUAGUAACUAGAUGAAUAAAAGAGGCCAGCUGUUUCUUUGCUCAGUGGAUAAUUUUCUUUUUCUUUAAUGAUGAUACCAGUGAAAAAAAACUGGUAUCGAUAACCCCCCAUAAAAAUGAGAGUAACCUCUCUUUCUUUACUCUCUCUCUUUUUUUUUUUUUUUAAUCAAACACUAUAAUCGGUUUGCUUCAUAUCUGAUCCCCCUGAUUUACUUUAGAUAACCCAUUUAAAUAUGCUCUGUUCAAUCAGAAUAAGCCGGACAUGGUAAGGUACACUGAUUUUUCAAAAAAUAAAUAAAUUACUUCCCAGACUUGUUUUGGCAUCAUUUAAAGGAGUUGACAGUAUCACAUUUUGAAUUCUUCCGUAAAAGUCACAAGGUAAUGACUUUAUUUACUGUAAGCUGUUUGUUAAACCUUGCUUUGUCUUUUCUUCUCUUUAGUUCUCAGCAGCUCUGGAGAUUUAUGGUAAUCAUUGCAGUUUUACUGGAAAAAGAACAAGCUUGUGAGGUUUUGUAUCCGGUUCUUUUCGAAGUCUCGCUUGUUUGAUUUUUCUGACGUAACACUUGGYGUGCAUUGCAGCCUGUGUGUAAACAUCCAUUCCUCUGCCUUUUGUGUUGCAUAUUGCAAAACUGGAUGUACUAUACAUCUGCUUUGAAAAAUUACUAAAACACCCAGACAUCAACAUGAA